AUGAUAUUUGGAUCGGAGUGGAGCAUACGGUCUUUGUCCUCUUGUUCAUUAUGGCAUUCAGACGGUACAUUCAAAGUUCGUCCAUUACUCUUUGAACAACUUUAUAUAAUUUUCGGUUUUCAAAACGGAUCCAUGAUACCAUGUGCAUACUGUCUGACUACACGGAAAAAUUCCGUUGUCUACACGAAAAUAUUGAGACAUUUAAUCGAAUAUGGUAAAAAGUUGACAGUUGAAAUGAAUCCACAGCGCCUGACCUGCGAUUUCGAACAAGCCACAAUAAAUUCUUUUGUCGAUAUUUUUCCACAUAUCAAAAUCAAUGGCUGUUUCUUCCAUCAUGCACAAUCGCUGUGGAGAAAAAUUCAGAAAGUUGGUAUGGUGCGUCAUUUUGAAAAAACCAAUGACAAUAAUAAUGUAAUACCGGAGAGUAAACGGAAAAAAGCUGAUCAUUGGUUUUUAGCAGCUGUUGGCUUGGCUCUAGUUCCACCAACAAUAUUGAGGGCACAUGGGCAGAGAUCAUGGAUCUAUAUACAUCCGAUCAUGCUGGUGCAACAGAAUUCAAUGAUUAUUUAG